AUGGCUAUGAGUCGAAGACAAGUAAUGUUCAGCAGUCCUGACACAACUCGAACGCAAAUAUACCGGGAAGAGGGUGUGUUUACCGAAAGAUAUGAUAAAGAAAGGUGUAUGAACAGAUUGGAAGAGCAUAAGGAGCAGAUAAACCGAGAAGUCAAGGAAAGGCAAGAGAGACACUUCCAACGCCUCUACGGCGAUAUAUAA